UCUUAAAGUUAAGCUGUUUACUUUUUUAGUAUUAACAUAAAAACACUUUAUUAAGUAACUAUUUUUUACGAUAAUUUGGGACAUCCCUCGUACAUGUCAUUUAGAAACGCGUAUUGAUUUUGAAGGAAAUGUUAUCACUUAGUUUCCAAACUGAAUUACCCGGACUCAUUCUGCAACAACGUAAGAGAGCGGACGGUUGAAUAGCUUAACUUCAAACAUGGCCGUAUUCAGUACCGAUGUACGCCGGAGGUUUAUCGGACUUGUACUGGUUAUAAGUGGCACACUAGGAUACACCAUGGCUACAAAUGGGUGUCUAGGGUUAUUUACGGAGCCAUAUGGCGUCAUCACAAGCCCUAACUACCCAGAGAAUUAUAAAGACGACACUUCUUGUGAAUGGGCCAUCAGGUCGCAAGAAGGCAAAAGGAUCAAACUGGAUUUUACAUUCUUUGAAAUGGAGGAUCAUUAUUCGUGCCUCUAUGACUACCUUCAUAUCUUCAAUGGACCAAGCACCUCUUACCCCUCCAUCGGAAAAUUCUGCGGGAGCGCAACACCAAGUGGAUUCAGGUCUCAGUCGAAUAGUGUAUACUUUGUCUUCAAAACAAACGGUAGCACUUCACGUCGGGGUUUCAGCAUGACCUACAUGUUCUUCGGACAAGGGUUUCUUGGGGAAUUUACGGAGCCAUAUGGCGUCAUCACAAGCCCUAACUACCCAGGGUAUUAUGAACACAACACUUCUUGUGAAUGGGUCAUCAGGGCACAAGAAGGCAAACGGAUCAAAUUGGACUUCACUUCAUUUAAAACGGAGAAUAACUAUGACUGCCUAGAGAUCUUCAAUGGGCCAAGCAGCUCCUCUCCCUCCAUCGGAAAAUUCUGCGGGAGCGCGACACCAAGUGGAUUCAGGUCUCAGUCGAAUAAUGUAUACUUUGUCUUCAAAACAGACUAUAGCAUCACAUAUCGGGGUUUCAGCCUGACCUACCUGUUCUUCACACAAGUUUCAAGUGUGGCAAUUGGCAAUACAGCGAUUCAGACGGACACGUUUCUACCUGUUGAUGGAUUGACAGACACGUGCUCAAAGACAACGUCCAUUUAUGCAGAAUUGAAGCUUGAUCUGACUGAGUAUUACCUCAUCGAAGAAGUGUCCAUACAUUCUUCAGUUGAAGCAAAAUCCUAUACAAUCGGAAUGGGACUGGCACGUGGUAAGUACGAGGCUGAUGCCAUCCUGAGCCCAUCUGCAUUCAGCUCAGCCACGUGGAGACCCACCAACAAAGGUCCUUACAGACAUGUCAGAGUAAUGGCGAAACCAGAAAAUCAACCUCUGACAAUCUGCGAGCUCCAGAUUAAAGGAUCUGAACAACCAAAGACACCUCUAUUCCGGGUUUUCACUGGUAUCGCUAUGUCGAAUCCUCCUGUCCGUACAGUCGCACCUGUUAAGAGUCAGAUAGAGUGCUCGUUGAUCUGUCUUCGUCAAAAAAUACCAGCUUGUGUUACCGCACAGUUCGACCAGGAGAGGAAGAGCUGCGCACUGUUUGACGGAUGCGAGCACACCAAUCUUCAGAGUAAUGAAAACAAAACAGUUGUAUUCGCCUUUGCUGCCAACUGCUUUACAAAAUAACAUUAAUUUGAAUUCCCCCAAAUGAAUAUUAUUGUAAUGAUCCUUUCAUCGAGUAAUAUCAAUUUGUCAGUAAGACGAUUUGUCAAUAGAAUAAAAUGAAUCAACGAUGACUUUUGUAAGAUAAAACACUAUAUUUGCGGUUAAGAUAAACGGUUUCAGAAGUAUCACUAACAUAUGCACAAUUGUAUCAUUUAUUAAAAUAAUUCACACGUUCUACGGCAAAAUGGCAACUUCGCGUAACAGUUAUUUAUUAAAAAUAUGACAUAUAAUGUCUCUGUACAGAUUUUUAUUUUUGAAACUCGCUGUGUUUAGCAUCAAACGCUUUUAUAACUUUAAGUUUUGUAUACAAAUGUUCAUAGAACCUAUGAAAGCUAUUAGCGUCUUUUCACCCCAGUCAAGAGCAGAAGUUGCGUAAAUGCCAUCGACGAUAACAAUAAACAUAGAAAAGAAAGACAUUAAACGUUGUAUCAUUACCGCGAUUUUAGUUUGUGUCUAUGGUGGCCCUUAGAACAGAUUUCAGCAAAGUUGUAUUAAUGGGCGAUCGGUAGGGAUAUGAAAUAUUUCUCUUUUUUUAACUAUUACUAUCAGAACUUUUGUAUUACAAUUUAUUAAAAUUAAACAUUUUAUAUGUUUUAAUAAUAAUUUAGAAAAAAUAUGAUAAAAUGCUGUUGUUAAAAUGUUCCGUGUUUAUUGUGCUUGUAUUAUUUAUUGAUGUUAACAAUAUUUUGCUGACAAUUUUUAUGAAACUUUUAGAUCUUAAGAUUUAAAUAUUUUGGUUUUGUAUCAAAUUAGGAGGCGAAGACAGUUCCCGCAUUACAAAGUCAUUUUUAAUAAUGCAAUCAAAAUCUGCGCAAUAUACUAUCUUUACAAAUCUAACAAUCUAAUUACAUUUUCAACCAUUUAAAAAUAUAAAUAAGCAGUUUAAUCAAAACAUUUUAUUGCACACAUUUCAUUUUUUAAUUUGCAAAUAUUUAUUUUUUUAAAUUAAAAUUGUUAGGUUGUUUGUAUCUAAACUAUUUUAUGUUUAUAAUUAAUGUUUUUUUAACAUGUUUUGUUU